UGACGGCUUUUUUGGCCCGUGGAAAGAACGAUUAUUGACUUGUGAACACAAGUGACACAUUAAGGGUUACACAGGUUGCGGCUCUGAUGUGCGGUCGUUCAACGGGUGAAAGCAUUGUGUUCAAUGAGGUACAGAGGGAAUUGCGUACUACCAAGGAGCUAUGGUACCUGCUUCUAUCUACUCCAGCUCCCAGGCCGGGUUCGAUGGGAUGUCUCAAUCCACAGAGCAUACUGUUCACAGCAACAGAAUCCAAAAGAUGAGCCAAGCAAGCUUGUCAAGACUCAAGAUCGCACACUGGCCAUCUUAAAGAACCUGGCAGAUCUUGGAAGACACUGGGGCCAGAACACAAUGAGGACUGCUUCAGCUACUGUGAAUUAUUGGUGGGAAAAGUAUGAGGAAUUUGUAGGUCUUAAUGAAGUCAGAGAAGCACAGUCCAAAGUCACAGAAGGCGAAAAGGCGUUCAUGGUGGCCAGAGGUAUGGUUCGUGAGGCUCAUACCAGUUUGGAGGCCCUUCAGGCCCGACUCAAGGAGGUUCGAGACCGUUUGGACCGGGUGUCAAGGGAGGAGGCACAUUAUCUGGAGCUGGCAACUCUGGAGCACAAGUUACUGCAGGAGGAGCGUCGUUUGAGAACUGCCUAUGAAAACGCUGAGGAGGGAGAGCGAGAAAAGUUUGCAUUGUUCUCUGCUGCAGUGCGUGGGAGCCACGAGAAAGAACGCACUCGGGCAGAGCGCACUAAGAACUGGUCUAUCAUUGGCUCAGUGUUGGGAGCUGUGAUAGGGGUGAUGGGCUCCACUUAUGUCAACCGCGUUCGGCUUCAAGAACUCAAGAAUCUGCUGCUAGAGGCACAGAAGGGACCGGUGAGUCUGCAGGAAGCCAUAAAAGUCCAGGCCAGUCUGCACAAGUCACAGCAGGAUGAACUCAGAGGCCUCAUUGAUGCCCUGAGGAGCACUGUUAAAGAUAAGGUAGAUGAAGCUAGUAAAGUAAAGCCAGUGCCUGCUCCUGCCCCGGUCCCAGUCCCGGCACCUGCUGUGGUGCCUCUUCCUGAGACUAGUGCCUCUGAUUUAGCAAUUAAAGAGAUCCUGCUCUACAGCCAGAAAGCACAGCCUCUCAUCGAAAGCCUGAAACUACAGCUGGAGCAACUGGAACAGAGCGUAGACAAUAUGGAGACAGAGCUUCAGACAGUGAAACAGUCUGUUGAGACCCGUCCUGUGGAGAAGCCAAUCAUACAAACCCAAGAUACGCAGCUCUUUGUUUGUGACACAGAAAGUGUCAUAAGUGGCCUUGACCAGACAGAGAAAAGACUGGAGGCCCAGAUCAACAAGACCACUCUUUACAACACUAUUUUGACUUAUACAGCGUUUGCUUUAACUCUUCCUGUACUGUACAUUGUCUUUAGAGGUACUUGAUGAGGAUCAUUAGGACCAACAAUAGACUCAUAAGGGGCCAACUCUCAGAGCAUU